AUGGCUGAAGUCGGCGUUGGCUUCGAACGACCUGAGCUAAAUUCUGAACCGCUGGCGGGAUCAGUAAAACCGUACGACAAGCAUGUCUUCCUCCUCUGGGGCCUUGCAUCUGACUGGCCGGAAGAUCCCUUCGACGGGCAACAUGAAGGAACCUUGCCACUACGUCUGAGCAAAGCCAUCAAGGCAGAAAAGCAGAUCAAGUCGAAGGUGCGGGUUUCUUUGGUGGAGGCCACAAGCACCUCUGAGGAAGGUUGUGUGCUCGUCUUCCCAGACUAUAUCCGAUGUGACAUUGGCAGAGAUGGCACUGGAAUUCCAGAGUUGGUCCGCUAUUUGACCGGCGAUGGCAACAAACCAGGCAGUUCUGUGCAAGACAUUGAAGACGCCUUCGCCUUCGUUUGUGCUCACACCAAGCGUGAUGAGCGGUGCGGGCAUUGCGGGCCGAGACUGGUGGAAUCGGCAACGCGAUUGGUGAAGACUGGCGCAGCGCCCGCCAUGCAAGUCCGAAAAUGUUCACACGUCGGCGGCCACAAGUAUGCUGGCAACAUCAUCAUCUAUUCUGGAAAGGCCAGCAAAGACGAUGGGCAUUGGUAUGGGUAUGCAACCCCUGACAACUUGCAGACCAUAUUGACAGGCCGUGCCGUGCGUUCACACCUUUGGCGUGGUCGGCUGGGGAUUUCCGAGUCCGCAGCCGUGGCCGAGAGAAAGCGCCAGGUAUUUCUUAACUUAUUGCCUGGACUUGGCUUCGUCGUUCUGAUUGGGAUCGGGUCCUAUGCCUGGCUUCGCAG